AUGGGUCUUGGGGUAUUAGACGUAAAGGACGCCCAUGUGCCCGGUACCUCCGACAUCUACGAACGCGAUGAUACCUCGUUCAGAAGCGAUGUUGAUCUCUCAAGCUUGAAACAUGAUCUCACGACCAAAGAGCCCACGAUUCUCGUGCCCCAGCCGAGCGAUGACCCCAAUGACCCUUUGAACUGGCCCUUAUGGAGGCGUGACAUGAUCCUCGCCAUCCUUUCCUUCGUGACAGUCCUAUGCACCACCCUGAGCUCCAUCUUGGCCGCAAACACUGUCCAUAUUGCAGCUAUCCAGCAUAUCACCUACGUCGACGCUGCGUUACUCACAGGAUACCACCUGUGUGGUGUUGGUGUCGCCGGAAUCCUCAUCGUGCCCACUGCGCGGGUCUGGGGCAAACGCCAUCUGUUCCUUCUCGGCCAUGUCUUGAUGAUUGCCAGCUGUGUAUGGGCCGGCGCCAGUGGCAGCAAUCAUGGAAGUUUGCUAUGGGCUCGGAUUUUCCAAGGCGUGGCUCUGGCGCCCUUCGAGGGGCUCGUCAAUGCCUGUGUCGGAGACCUUUACUUUGUCCAUGAACGUGGCAAGCGGAUGGCCGUCUCCAACGUCGCACUCUUUGGCGCUGCGUUUCUGACGCCCGUCAUUGUUGGAAAAAUGACGGCGACGAUCGGCUGGGAGUGGUCCUUCUACUUCGUCGCCAUCUUUUUGGCGGCAUCAUUGCCGCUGAUGAUUUUCUUCGUUCCCGAGACAGCGUACCGCCGGCCGGAUUAUUUGAACAUUGAUCUCAAGCGCGAUUCAAUCAGGGGAGCAUCGACGGAAUCCAAUCUGGCGCUGCGCAAUGAACCGAAAACCCUCGACCCUGAGUUGUCAGCUGAUCCCAGCACGAAGAACACCAAAGUCAACACGACUCCUAUCCCUCCUAAGGACUCAUUCCUGCGGUCCCUUCGACCCUUCACCGGACGAAAAACGGAUGAGAGUUUCUGGAAGCUCCUUCUUCGACCGUUUCCGCUGUUUUUCCACCCCGGAAUUCUAUGGGCGUGCCUGAUUCAAGGUGUGGUUAUCGGCUGGACGGUAUUGAUUGGUGUGGUUCUUGCGCUUGUCUUCCAAGGUCCACCACUCUGGUUCCACGUGGACCAGGUCGGUUAUCUGUACAGCGGUGCCUUCAUCGGCUCUCUCAUCGGCCUCAUACUUGCAGGUCUUCUGACUGAUCUGAUUACCAAGUCCAUGGUGAAACUCAACCACGGGCGAUACGAGCCCGAGUUCCGCAUUGUGCUGGUUGUUUUCCAAUUGAUCUUCGCGUGCAUGGGGCUGUAUGGGUUUGGAUUCACAGCCAGUGACACGACGAAAUAUCAUUGGGUCGUGCCCGAUGUUUUCUUCGCACUCCUGAUCAUCGGCAUGGUCAUUGGAGCAGUGGCCGCAUCUCUCUAUAUUGUGGACGCUCAUCGUGAAAUCGCUAUUGAGGCAUUCACCUGUCUCCUCAUCUUCAAGAACAUGUUCAGCUUUGUGCUGACGUUCUAUGCUUAUGACUGGAUGGCUCGUGGAGGAUCGAAACACACCAUGAUCAUCCUUGGCAGCAUCCAGGUGGGGAUCUGCUGCCUAAGUAUUCCAAUGUAUGUCUUUGGCAAGUGGAACCGCGCUUUCUUUGCGCGUCAUGACAUUCUGGAGAUGUGUCGUCUUCGUUGA